GUGAAGUCCGAUUUGUCUUUACAGAACCAUGGUACAACCACAACGAGAACUACAUGAUUCGUCGUUCGAUUUGAAACGAAAAAAGAAUUGUUGUGAAGUUAACAUUAAUGUUCAUCGUAGCAUGCCAGCGUCAUGCGUGAUAUUUCAGGAUUCUUGCAUGGAGAGUCAAGGGUGCAAAGUGUUGAUGGAGACUGAGUGUCCAUGUAUGUAACUUCAUCACCAUCACCACAACAAUGGGAGACAAUGUGCCACUACUGAAUGACUACAAACGAGAAUUUUUCUGGAAGCGUUUCCCCCAGACGCUGCUUGGCGGAGUGAAGCUUCGGCUAGGCUAUGAUGCACCAGCGUACAUCUACCUCAAUCAAAUGAUUCUGUUUGUCAUUCCCAUGGUCAUUGGUGGCAUGUUUUCACUUGUCGUGGAGCUUGCAGGCAUCAACAUCGUCAUUGGCUACUGCGUCGUCGGUGGAUGCCUUGGACUGUACGUCCUUUGUGCACAGGGGAUAAGUGUGCUACUUCAGAGGAGAUCACCCAACACGGUGAGACCGAACCUUGGGAACAUCCUCGCAGAUGAGGAUGAGGUGGACUUUGAGUCGUGCUUUGGGCCGGAAACCUUGGAUUUCAUUCUGCCGGUGAAGAAAUGGAAAAUCAAUAUCUUGGUCCAUGCCGUGGUGUCUGGAGUCAUGGGCGGGCUAGGUUUCCUGUACCUGGUACCCGGCACAUUGAAUGCAUUGUAUUAUAAUAAUGUCGGAGUGACUGUUGUGAUGUACAUAUUUGGCUGGUUUGCACUCUGUGUCGCGCAGUAUCCACUGACAGUUACUUCACCACCAGAAUCAUCAGUUUUCAGGGCGACGGAUCCUUACGAGACAAUGCCCCUUAUGCGGCCAUUUCAUUUGUGUCUCUUCUUUGCUGUUGAUUUGGUGUGGAGGUCCUAUCCAGAAAUCCUGUGGGUGAAUCAGAUUCUGCAUAUCAUCUUUGUCUUUCUGCCCUUUCUAUGGCUGAUUGGCAUGCUGCCCUCUGUUGACGCCCUGAUCCUUUGGCUUGGGGAGCAGAUUCUUUCCCUGGUGUUUGGAGGGUCUCCGGUAGCGACUGAUCUGAGGUUGAUUCUAAUGUUGCUUGCGUCGGGAAUCACUCUGGUGGUUGCUUACUUCCUGCCCUCCGAAGUUGGGACUGUUAUUUUCUCAGCCUGUGCAGGAUACGUGCUGAGCCUAGACCUGAGUAGCUUAUUCAACCAGAUACUUGAUUGGCGCAGAGCAAGACAGCACAACAGAUUACAGUCCCUUAACAGCCAAUUGGGAGCCAAAACACAACGUGCCUUUGGCUGGAGGUGGGGAUGGAGAGAAAUCCUUGUGCAUUUUGUAACACUGCUCUUGAUUGGUGGGCUGUCCUUUACUUGCGCCUAUUUGAGAGCAUCGGCCAGUGUCACUGUCUUUAACAUCCUUGGCUAUGGACUUGUUGCUCUCCGGUGUCUUCUGAAGAUUUUAGGCGAUGUUCAGUCAGUGUGCCUGUUUUUUGGACUGUGGCGAAAUAAACUGUAUCCAGAGAGCAUCCAGAACACGUCAACAUACAGCAAACGCAAGACAAUUCUUCACCGGCUGUCCUAUGCAUACCGAACUUUGUUUCAUGCAGUCUCUCCCUUGUUGGCAUUGUCGUACCUGGCUUUGUUUCUUGCUCCAGUUAAUAUCACCUUACCGUCAUUCCUCUUUGCACUUGGAGCUGUACGGUCGUUGAGACGGAUCUGGCAGGAUACACCUGGGGCCCUCCUUGAGUUGUCCAUUGUCCACAUCAUUAACUCUGUCCUGACCUUUGACCCCUCCUCCUGGUGGGUCACAGCAGGUCUUGGUAUGCAGCUGUUGCUAGUCGGAGCCGUCUUAACCCGUCUCUUUGAGCUCCUGGACAAGCUCUACUGCUUCCUGGUCAUCCUGAUCACAUCUUACUCCCUUGAGAAACAGCGCCGGUCGUCGAGCAUGCCCCUCAUCAUUGUCACGGUAAUUCUCUUUCCCAUCGUCUUCGUCAUCAUCUGCCUAGCGACUGUCUUAUCAGCACCACUGCUACCACUCUUCACGCUGCCAGUCUUCCUGAUCGGAUUCCCCCGUCCGCUGAGGUUCUGGCCAGGUGCCGUUGGAGCAUCGGCCAACAUCUGCAGUGAUAGUAUCUAUUACAAACAGUUGGUGCCAACGCUGAGUACUGCAUUGAGCAGAGCGAUCGCUAAUGGAAGUCUUGGUAAUCCCAUGCCAGGUUGCUUCUAUCUGGUGCGUUUUCAAGACCGUAUGGCCUGGAUUCAAGUCCUCGAGGCAGGCUUUGGAUUUUGCACCCUCAGCAUUAAGGGCAUGGAGCUGCAGGAAACCUCUUGCCACACAGUGGAGGCAGGCAGACUUGACGACAUCUUUGAGACGAUUUUUGAGCAUUCCGGGGGCUUCCCCAUCUGCACUUUCAGUCGCUACCCCAUGAACACCCUCACUCCGGUCGACACGGUUCCUGUGGAUACGUACUCAGAUGCUCGCAAUGUUCUCACGGGUAUUAUUGACUCGCCUGAGAUACUGAGAAGCAUUGACAAGAGCUUUGUGCAGACCCUAGUUUGGGUGUUUCUACAUCAUAACGGCCACAAGCAUCACGACAGCAACAACUCAGCAAAGUCACCCACUCCUCCAAAGAUAGCAACACCAAGAGAAACCAGGUUGGUGAACAAGAAUCAGGUGGGUGACUUGGCCACAAAGUUUGAGGGAACCAAGGCGAGUGACAACUGGGAGAAUCGGGAUAGUGGCAGGCCGUCCAGCAUCCAGUCCCGGCCAAGAUCCCAGGCUAAGCCACUGGACUCCUCCUGGGGCAGCCUCAAGAGCUGGGAGGAUGACGACUCGUUGGACUUCGACCUGGACGAGAAGCCCAAAAAGCAGGGUUUCAGCCUGCCUGGCAGAGUCAGGGACACCCACAGACCCAAGGAGUCACCCGCACUGCCGGGUGCCUUGGAAGGGUUCACCGAUGAUGAAGAAGAAAUUCUGAAGGAGUUAAACUUCGGCCUGUCUUUGGCUGAAGCGGUUAACACAAAAACUGGGGAUCCCCAGACAUUCCCAAUGCAUUCCAUGCCAAGUAAGUCUCUCAACUUAGCAGGAUCUGUCCAGUUCUCUUCCCUUCAUUCCUCCAGGCUGAGUCUGCCCCUCAAAUGGCGACACCUUCCAGUUGACCUUAGUCGCAUCGCCUCCCUCUUCAGUCGCUUCCCAAAAGACUGGUACUGCCAUGUCCUACGACACAUGGAUCUGUCCCAAGGAACCAAGAGCUCUGAGGAGGUUGCAGAUGAGAUAGCUGCCGACGAUGCACUAACUGCUAUGUACACACACCUGACCAUGGCAUGCUACGCAGUGGUUAAUGUGUUUGGCCUGAGUGGUCAAGACGUAGUGUCUGCUGGAGCCAGCCACGUAUAUAAAGUGUACAGCGGUGAUGUCCCAUGGUCAACCAAUCUGGAUUGGUUGAAAGAAGAUGAGGAGCUGUUUCCAUUGGUCAUCAAAGCUUACAGGUUUGCCUUCAAGCUUGCUUACGACCAGGCAGUGCUGGGAGGAACGGAGGACUUGGAGGAAAUUACUGAAUACCUCCAGCAGUACGAGACAGGGUAUUACUUUGGUAGCGACCGGGAGCCAGAGUGGGCGGAGUCGGUAGAAAAGGGGGUGCCUCAGCUCUUCUCCCUGGUGCAUGAUGCCUCGGAGGGUGUGUACAAAGGUCGCGUGCUGACCCGCCAACCGGUCAUGGCUCACAUUGGCAGACUCAAUGCGGAGGUGGUGCGGUCCCUCUGGGCGUCCCUCAACCUGGAGCUGCUGUACUUCACGAAUGAUGAUGAGGAGCGUUACAGCAUCCAGGCGCAUCCUACUGUCUUGAGGAAUCUGACCAUACAGGCGGCCGAUCCGCCCCUGGGCUAUCCAAUCUAUGCAUCAACGCCAGUCACAGUGCCAACAUUGUAGAUGCUGACAUUAAGUGACAAAACCAAGUUCUGGAGGGAUAAGGUGAAAAUUGAAGCAAGAAAAAAAUUUCCCCGGUGUUACGACCAAUGAUGUAAUGAAAAUGACAAAAUAAAAUAAUAAAGUAAGAUGGCCGACAUGGCCAAUGAUGUAAUAACCCCAAACCAAUCGAUAAUGUAAUAACAAAGAGACCAAUGACGUAAUAAUCAUGGCUUUGCUUUACAUGUACUUUGCGAAAUUUUGGGGACUUGUUGUAUGUUCAAGUAUUCAUUGCCAAUCCUACCUAUUUUAGCGUUUUGUAGGUGACCAGCUUUUGAGGUUUUUCCCCACAAGAUACCGGUACAGGGGUGAGAUUUUUCAGCUUUAUUUCCUCACUGGCUGUGUACAAAAGUAUAGGAGAUUUUCACAGGUCAAUCUCACCCCUGAAGAAAGUUCCCUGCAACAUAUCUUCAAGACCGUAUAACGUUUCAACUUCACGAUUGCUAAGGACUUCGUUCUUAUCCCAAGUGUGCUUGAAAAGAAAAUGGCCACCUUUGAUAGGGUUGUUCCAGAACUGAAUAAUUAUGCAUUAAAACGGUAGGAUCAAACAAAAAGUCCACCAGACCAUUGCAAAAUAUGAGCAACUCCAUGGGGAGUACAUUGUGCCCUCUUUGUUAUUUUAUUGUUGGUCAGUUUGCAUUUUUACAUUACCAGUUGAUUUUCUUGACAUUAUCGAUCAGUAUUAUGUCAUCAAAUGAUACCAUUGCCGUAACACCCAGCCAAAAACUGUCCUGAAAUGAUGGCCCGAAACAUGUUCUGUGACUUCAACAUCCAGUGCACACGAUCAUGAAAGGCCCAGGAGGGGGUAAAACAGCCAGGGAUGUGCAGAAGUUGGAAAUCAAAAGUGUAAAAUAUAAUUUGGGGUGGGGGGAUAUGCACAGUGAAAGUAACCUCACACCAAGGUGAGGUUUCGUCUUCAAGUUUGCCUGAUGCAAUGUAAGAAUUACCGAGCAGAAAAAAGUUUUAUAUCAAGUUUGUCAACUUGAAAUGUGUGACCCUACUUUUAGUUGGCUUUGUUGGUAGGGGUUAUGCUUUAUUGCAUCUUGUUUUCUUUUGUUAAAUUUUAAUGCCCCUGUUGUAUAGUGUGUGGUUCUUUUAUGGAGCUCAGUUUCCUCUUAAAGAGUUCUUUUUUUUUUUUAAGUUCUUAUGCUCCAUCAUUUGAACGUAAGAAUUGGAUACUGAAGGCGUCCCCUGAAAAUGUCUUUUUAUAUUUGUGGGCAUUCAGUGAGGGAAGGACUUUCAAGAACCGAAAGGUCCGCAGAUGCCAGCAACACAUCAGACUCUCAACUCACAAACAGCUGUUCCACACUCGACUUGUUUUCAGGGCCGGAUGUGGCUACCAUCUCUGUGACAGACUCUGGCUCUGUGGGUGGUGAGAAUUCAGGUCUUGAAAACAUGACAAAUGCCUAAGACAUAAAUUAAUGCACUUUACUCUACACUUUUAUUUUACAAACUGUCACUUCCAGUACGUGAAAUAUCACUUCUGGUGCCGAGAAGAUUAACAAGAAUUUAAACUUGAGUUAUUUAACCUACAAAGUGUACUUUUAUAUGUGGUGUGUGUGUAUAUAUGAAACCUAUACAAGAAAAUUGCAAUUUGUAUUUGGUAGGACUCAGGAUUGUAAAUGCAUAGCAGUUGUCAAAGCAGUGUUUUGUAUGCAUAGGUACAUGUAUUUAUGACAGGAUUUAUGCAUUUGUAUUCAUCUUUCAAGCCCGAGCUGAACUCAGUCUUGAAUUCUAAAAACUAGCAAGUACAAAUUAAACUAUUCAGGUUCCUCUCACUUUUUAGAAUAUCUGUGUGACAAGGUGGAGAGUGGUACAUACAUGUAGGGUCAUGGAUUUAACCACAUGCUGCCGGGUGCUUUUAAACAUGCAGUGCACACAUA